GGACAUUACGUCAUCACCAGCGUGUUUCCCUGCCAGUGUUGUGAAGACGGAAGUGACUUCCCUCAGGCACACACCUUUUAAACUGUCGUAGGAAAACCUCUUUUGUCCAGCUAUGUCCAUUGCUUACAAAAACAGGAUACAGGACUUCAAAGUAGCUUUAAGUGAAGAAAACAUAAACUUGAAGACACUUAGAGAUCUGUGCUUUAAUGGAAUCCCAUUUGAAGGAGGCAUACGGGCACUCUGCUGGAAGAUCCUUCUUAAUUACCUUCCUCUUGAUCAGAUGAGAUGGUCAUCUUUCCUCGAAAAAGAAAGGGAGGUGUAUUCCCAGUUCCUGAAAGAAAUGAUCAUCCAGCCUGGCAUCGCCAAAGCCAACCUGGGCCUGUCCAGAGAAGAUGUAACUAUGGAAGAUCAUCCUCUAAAUCCCAAUCCAGACAGCAGGUGGAAUACUUACUUCAAAGACAAUGAAAUUCUACUUCAAAUUGAUAAAGAUGUAAGGAGGCUGUAUCCAGACAUGGCCUUUUUUCAGCGUCCUACCGACUACCCUUGCCAACUUAUCUUAGACCCUCAGAAUGAUUAUGAAACGCUGCGUCGGCGAGUGGAGCAAACCACCCUGAAAGCACAAACUGUUAAUCGGAACCGCAGUGGAGUAACCAACGUCAGCUCCCCUGGAAAGGCUUUGAAACUGUAUCCAUCUAAUGAAUAUGAGGUGUUGCCCAGUGGCAGCGAAGCACAUUGGGAGGUGGUGGAGCGCAUCCUUUUUAUCUACGCCAAACUCAACCCUGGGAUUGCGUAUGUCCAAGGCAUGAAUGAAGUAGUUGGUCCAAUUUAUUAUACCUUCGCCACAGACCCAAACAGUCAGUGGAAAGAGCACGCAGAGUCAGAUACAUUCUUCUGUUUCACCAAUCUAAUGUCGGAGAACAGAGAUAAUUUCAUCAAAAGCUUGGAUGACUCGCAGUGUGGCAUAACGUACAAAAUGGAGAGUGUGUACUCUAUGCUCAAAGAGAAAGAUCUGGAGCUCCAUCACAAGCUGCUAGAACAAAAUAUCAAACCUCAGUACUUCACCUUCCGCUGGCUAACCCUUUUGUUGUCACAAGAGUUCCUCCUGCCAGAUGUCAUCCGCAUCUGGGACACCCUGUUUUCUGACCAAGACCGUUUCCACUUCCUCAUCCUGGUCUGCUGCGCCAUGCUCAUACUGAUCCGAGACAACCUCCUCGCAGGAGACUUCACAGUAAAUAUGAGAUUACUGCAGGAUUAUCCCAUCUCAGAUGUCCACACCAUCUUGACAAAGGCCAAAGAACUGCAGGAUAACUCAUAACCUGUUGACUCUUCCAUCUGUUGCCUCCACUCAUAUGUGGUGAGUGAGACGGCAGACAUUGAACAAAACUUUGUCAAACGUGUUUAAGGACCUCAACUUAUAUGUUGGGAAAAACAGCAAAUUGCCUUUUAACUGGAUGUCUGGUCUGUGGAAACUGAAAAAGACAACUUGAAUAAUGGAACAUUGUGUUGAAAAGAACCUGCGUGGCAGUGCAUUUUGGAGAAAAAGCAGUCAUUCUCCAUUCUCUGCCAUCUCCCUCUGGAGACCUGUUGUCCUCAGUCGUCAGUGUUUGCACUGGACAUCUGGGGCAGCGACAUUUCAAUUGGUAAGUCAUAAAACAUUCCAUAGAUGUUCUAAGAUUGACCUAUUAUUAAACGACUGCAACAGCUUGUGUAAGCAUAAUAAAUGAAAAGUGCAUGUUUG